AUACGAAUGGUGGGUACAUUUUUUGUUUCUUGCUUGUGUGAUCCUCUCGUCAGACCAAUCCCAUGCGCCGAUGAGUUUUGAUUAUCUUGUCAUGCGCGUUACUUAAUAAAGCAUCGCGUAUCGUGGAUUUGUUGGUUGGUCUCUUUCAUCGUUCAUUUCGAAUUUGAUGUGUGCGUGUGCAUAUGUGCGGGGGAAAAACUGAUGUAUAGUUUUCUGAUUGUGUGUACAAUGAUUGUCUAGUACAGUCAAAUUUUCCGAUGGAACAACUUUCGGGUGUAUAUAAAUAAUGAGCAAUUCAUGGUUGAGAAACGAAACGUUUUAUAGUCCGGACAGAGAAUCUUCAUCAUUUUUGAUAUAUUUGUUUUCAUCUUCUUUCCUCUCAUUCCCCAUACAAUAUUCAUUAUAUCCGCAUGCAGUUUGUGUAUAUAUACACAUCAUCGCGACCGAUACCACACCGUACGAGUUAGCCGCUGCCGCAUUCAAACUUCCAGUCGUCGUUUCACCACAUAACAGCAACAGUAGUACUGGCAUCGAUAGUUCAGCAACAUCAGUGAUCGAGUCCGUUGUGAAAAGUGAAAAUAUUUUAUUGAAUUCGUCGAACGAUCGUUGCGAAGGGAACAACAGUGAAAAUAAUAUUCUAUUGCUAUCAACCACAUCACCGGACAUUGCACACGGUGCAGCGGUACGUGGUGCAUCACUAUCCGAUCCAAUUUGUUCGGAUAUAACUGAUAUGACAAUGGUUCAGCAACAAGGUGUUCGGAAGACGUACGAGGAGAAUCAUAAUCCGUCUGUGAUCAUAGAGAAUGCUCAGGCGCGGUAUUUAAGUAGUUCAGAUCUGUGUCGCUAUGCAAACGAGGUGUCACCGUCAACAUCGCCGGUUCGAUAUUCCAUGCAAAUCAUACAGAACACAAACCAUUAUCUGCAGGGCAAUAAUAACAAUUACGGCAACUGGAACUAUGACUCGUCGUUAGACCUGCGCCACAAGCCCACUGACAUCGAUAAAAUGACCGAGAAACAUCAGCCGCACCACCAUCAACACCAUAACAACAACAACAAUAACAACAGCCACAGCGAUAACGAAUUAAUUGAGCAACGCAACAUUAUCGCAGCGAAUAAUAAUCAUCAUUUCAGUGAUAUCCAGCAGGCUGUUGAUCAUCACAACCACAAUAAUAUCAGUGCCGAAGCAGCAGCCAUGCGAACCGGUCUCUUGUCUAUGUAUCCCGGUUACACAACAUCGACACCGAAUCAUCACAGUGACGUUGGUACAGCGGCGAACAGUACCAUCGACGAAGUUAUAGCCGACACAUUAAAAGAUGAAAAUUGUGCAAUUGUAGAUAACGGUGCGGAUGAAGCAUCCCAUUACCUCACAUUACAUUCGUCCAGCGAUUUGCAUCAUUUGAAAGAGAGUGCAUUUUUGAAUGCGAACAACAAUAACAUUAGCAAUUCGGCAAGUAGUUGCGGUGAUUCGAGAAGUCCGCCCGGUCUGGGCCAUGACGAAUUCGACAAUAAUAUUCACAGUUUUACGAAUUUAACCAGUGGUGCUAGUCAAAAUAAUAAUCGAUCGAUGUACAGUGCCGGUGUUAUUGGCGCUAUUCAAGCAACAAAUGAACAUUCACCGAUCAUACACACGAGUGCAUACGAAACGGGAAUUCAUUCAGCUAUUUCAACCAGUCCAAUGUACUCACCACACCGUACGUUUACACCGUCCUCCGGUAAUAUGCAAUACUUCAACAAUAGUCCAUCGCAUGAAUCCCAGAUGUGGUCGGCUGGCAGUGGAUUGACAACGGACGAUUACGCAAGUCCAAAAGGUGGAUUGCCAGCGUUUCAACGAUUAACACAAAGUAGUUACAGAACGAAUAAUCGAUCGCAUCCGUACAAUUACACUUCAACACAUCAGACUGAUUCAUGGACUAGUCAAUUUGAUUCGGCCAGUGUGUCGGCAUAUACGACCGCAUCUAGUGGACGGAGUGGUCGUCCGCCAACGACUCAUAAUAUAUCAGCAGCAGCUUCACUCACAGCAAUGGCCGCUGAACAAGGCACGGAUUUCUAUAAGCGGUACUCCUCCCCCUAUCCAUUUAGUUCCGUAUCACCUCGAGUACCCGAGGAAAGAUCCAGCAGACGAUUGAGUGCAUCGAGGCGUGUCGGUUUGUCGUGUUCGAAUUGCCACACGUCACAAACAUCGCUAUGGCGAAGAAACCAAGUCGGUGAACCGGUUUGCAAUGCCUGUGGAUUAUACUAUAAACUACACAAUGUUCAUCGACCGUUGGCCAUGAAGAAAGACACCAUUCAGACACGAAAACGUAAACCGAAGGGAACGAAAAAUUCGGCAAACAGUGAAAAGAACAUCGUUCAAGACUCCAGCAAUGAACUUCGUAGUCUACAAAAUAACAUCAAAUCGGCCACGGCAAACAUCACCGAUCCGAAUAACACAACACCCCCACCACAAACUCAUUUACAACAAUCACAAAAUCACUCGCCAUCGAAUCAUCACAACGUGUCUCCGAUUCCAUCCUAUACACAAAUUCCAUCGCCCAUCACCAGUCUGCCAUCGUCGAUAAUAGCAAACAACAAUAAUAGCACCAAAUUCAGUCUACCGCGCUACAUAACCAUUCAUUCGCAAGGCGCCGAAGGCCAUAUGUACCCGAGCCAACAUCUGCUCAGCCCAUCGGAUCCAUGCAGUCCGGUCAAUCAGAUGGGCACCUAUUUCGAAAUGAUCAGUCCGAAUAUACCGACCGAUCAUGAGGUGAAAUUGGAAAUGCUCAACAGUCACCAUCAGAGCCGCAGUCCAUCGAUCGAAGAUAACAAUCAUCACGACGGAACGGAACAUCAAUACCACGAAUUAGAAUCUCAUGUCGCACAGCGACCAAGUGUUGUUAACGUUAAAAUGGAAUAGGAAUCUGAUUUUUUGAACUAUUUUUUUUGUCUUUGUUAAGAGCGUCUAUUGUGUAUACGUAGCGAUAAGUCAUGCUAAGGAAUUUCUUUCAAAUUUUUAAAAUGGGUAACAUAGCGAAAAUUUUCGGUGAUUUGGAAUCGAGGGGUUCUCGAUGGGAAGCGAUUAAUAUCUUAUUCGAUUCGGGUUCGAGUUAUACGGGAUGAUUGUUUCAGUUUAUGCUUUGAUUGAGACAUCAUCUGAAGUAGAAGCAUAUUAUAACGCCACUGAACAAUAACGAAAAGAUAAACAGGCUAGAGAGUGCAUUUUCUUGAGAUAUAACGGAAAUACGCACACUUCACAGACUCGAAAAAUUGUGGGAAAACAGUGCAAGAGAAGUGGUGGUUAGGGUAGGUUCUGUACGAACAUUUUUUAAGAGAAAGGCUCGGCCACUAUUGCCUGUAGUCUAGGUCUAUGAUUGUAUCGGAUAAUAAUGACUGAAGUAAUUUAGGAAGAGUAACAGGUGUCGAUAAAAUUGUCUCACUCAAAAAUGGAAGAUUUUCACUUGAAGGGGAAGAAACAAGAUAUGAACGGACUUGCUAAUGUACUGAAGGAUUUGGAAAGGAGGCAAAGUUUGAGUGAAAAUUCGCAGAUAUAUCAUUUCUGUUAAUGAAGUAGUAGAUUUUCUUUCCUUCUAUUCUUCAAUUGCUGAUGCUACACACUUUAUCUAAGCUUUCAGUUCUCUUUACAAAAAUUGUGAAUGUCGACACCAAAGUUCAUCACAUCCUCAGACAAAGCCAAACAGAAAGCAAAUUUUAACUAACCGAAACUGAAGGUUGUUCGGGCUUUCAUAAAAUUGAUUUGUUCUUCGUGGGUUAUAUCGGCGCAGGCUAA